AUGUGUAAGGUGUUUCCCUUAAGUUUCGGCCCCACAACAUUGAGAUGGUUUAAUGGGUUGCGAAAAGGUUCCAUUCACAGUUUUGCCGAACUGAUCCAGGAAUUCAGUGCUCGGUUUAUGACAUGCAGUCAGGUGUCACAACCAGUGGACGCAUUAUUAUCCAUAAAGAUGAGGGUCGGCGAAACCCUUCGGAGUUAUGCAGGUCGGUAUUGGGAGCUAUACAACGAAAUUGGUGGGGGUAAUGAGAAGAUUGCAGCAAGCACUUUCAGAAUGGGGCUGCCUGAGGACUCUGAACUACGAGAGUCGUUGACAAAAAAACCUCCCGAGAAUAUGCGACAACUUAUGAGGCGUAUUGAAGAAUAUAAACGCCUCGAAGACGAUUGGUUGCAGAAUAAGGGCAAGGCUCUAUUGCUGAAUCGUUCCCGACAAGGCGUUUUUCCAACAAGACCAAGGAUGGAUUUCAAGACGCAGGAACUGGAAGUACAAAUCGGGGGGUGA